CCCUAAGCCGGGCAGCUGGAACCCCGGAUACAAGAUGCUGAGCUCCUUCCUGAGCCUCCAGAGUAGCACUUGGACAGAGACCUUCACUCUGCUCUUGGCUCUAGCCGUUGCCCUCUACUUGGGCUACUACUGGGCAUGCGUGCAGCAGAGGCCGCAGCUGGUGACUGGGCCCCAGUUCCUGGCCUUCCUGGAGCAACACUGUCCAGUGACCACGGAGACUUUCUUCCCCACGCUGUGGUGCUUUGAGGGCCGGCUACAAUCCAUCCUCCGAGUCUUCUUGCAGCCUCUGCCCCCAGUCCCUUACCGGAGCGAAGUUCUCCCGACCCCAGACGGCGGCCGGCUGCUGCUGGACUGGGCCGAGCAGCCCGACAGCGGUCAGCGCCCAGAGCCUGCCACGCAGCCCAUCGUGCUGCUACUUCCCGGCAUCACCGGCAGCAGCAAGGAGAACUACAUCCUGCACCUGGUCAACCAGGCGCUGGGCGACGGCUACAGGGCUGUCGUCUUUAAUAACCGGGGCUGCCGUGGGGAAGAACUGCUGACCCACAGGGCUUACUGUGCCAGCAACACUGAAGACCUGGAGACGGUCGUGAAGCACAUAAAACACCACUACCCCCAGGCUCCCCUGCUGGCCGUGGGCAUCUCUUUCGGAGGGAUCCUGGUGCUGAACUACCUGGCCCGCACCGGGCCAGCAGCUGGGUUGGUGGCGGGACUGACCCUGUCUGCGUGCUGGGAUUCCUUUGAGACCACCCGCUCCCUGGAGACCCCACUCAACUUACUGCUCUUCAAUCAGCCCCUCACUGCGGGGCUCUGCCAGUUUGUGGACAGAAACAGAAGUGUGAUGGAGAAAGCAGUGGAUGUAGACUUUGUGCUAAAGGCCCGCACAAUCCGCCAAUUUGACGAGCGCUACACCUCUGUGGUCUUUGGCUAUGAAGACUGUGUUGCCUACUACCAAGCAGCGAGUCCAAGAACCAAGGUGGACGCCAUCCAGACCCCUGUGCUCUGCCUCAAUGCAGCAGAUGAUCCCUUCUCCCCAGUCCAAGCCCUCCCCCUCCAGGCUGCCCGGCUCUCUCCCCAUGUGGCACUGCUCGUCACGGCGCGGGGUGGCCACAUCGGCUUCCUGGAAGGGCUGCUCCCCUGGAAGCACUGCUACAUGAGCCGCCUGCUGCACGACUACGCCAGAGCCAUCUUCCAGCACCGAGCAGAGCUGCUGGACCUCGGUGUCCCCUCGCCUGCGGGGGGCGGAAAGAGCUGACAGACUUCCAUUGGGGCUCAGUUCAGUCUUCCCUUUUUAUUAAACAUCAACUUUCCUGCUGAGUGA